UCCAGCAAAUAGAAUUCAGGCACAGUGUGGAUAACUAAUAAAUGAACACGAUGCAAACCGGUUUUAUAUCAAUGUAUGCAUAUUACAUAAUUAGGCAAGAACUACAACAAACCAAUGAACCAUUAAAUCCAAAACAGAUACAAUUAAUAUAGAGAAGAAAAUGAUCAUUGUAAACAAGAUGCAAUUUUAAUGAAUAGAGUUCGGAGAAUGUGUCGCUUGCCGGCUUAUUAACCGUCUUUAUAAUACAUUGAAUUUGUGCUUAUGUACUUAAAGUAUGUAUGUAUGUGAAAAUUAAAUUUGGAGGAUAACUAAUCAAAUUUGCACGACCAGCAAGACCGAGAACAAAUUUCCAAUUUGUCACAUUUGCUGAGUCGCUUUAUAAAUAUGCUACCCCAUCCCUGUUGAGAUUUAUUUACUACUUCAUUCUUUUGAUUCUGUAGUAUAUCAAUUGAUCUUUUAUUCAAUCAAUAUCUUAUAUUAAUACACUUAUAAGUUCAUAAUGGUUAGUGCUGUUGCUGUUUUAAGAGGUGACUCUAAAGUCUCUGGUGUUGUUAAAUUCUCUCAAGAAACCGAAUCUGCCCCAACUACCAUCUCCUGGGAAAUUACUGGUAAUGAUCCAAAUGCUUUAAGAGGUUUCCAUAUCCAUACUUUUGGUGAUAACACCAACGGUUGUACCUCUGCUGGUCCUCACUUCAACCCAUUCGCCAAAACUCAUGGUGCUCCAGAAGAUGAUGACAGACAUGUUGGUGAUUUAGGUAACAUUACCACCGAUUCCACUGGUCUUGCUAAAGGUACCAAACAAGAUUUACUCGUUAAAUUAUUAGGUCCAAACUCUAUCUUAGGUAGAACUGUUGUUGUUCAUGAAGGUACUGAUGAUUACGGUAAAGGUGGUCACGAUGAUUCUAAGACCACUGGUCAUGCCGGUGGUAGACCAGCUUGUGGUGUCAUUGGUAUUUCCAAUUAAGUCAGUUACUAUUUUUAACUAAUAAUUUCGAUGUUUUUGAGAAACCUGAAUAUUAUUUUCUUCAAUUAGUUUUAUAGUUUAAGUGAAAUCUUUAUAAGACCGUUUAUCUAUAUAUAUCUAUAUAUAUUUAUGUGUAUGCUUAUAAAAUAA